UUACACCUGUCCACGCUUGAUAGCUUCCUCUCGCCGGCUAAAUGAUACGUGGCAAACACCCUUUAGUCUGAAGAUUGCAAUAUGCGAAAAACAAUAAACAAAACCAAUAUUACAGCGACCACCUUCAUUACAAACUAUUCUCUUACCUAAAGAGCGCAUCACGCCACAAUUUUAUACGUGCGUCUCCGGUAAGAGAAAUGGAGGCAGACGAGUCAGGGCAGAGUCUUUAUAGAGUCUUGGCAGAUCGUUGUCUGAGUCUGGAGGCAAGUUAUUCCAAGCUGAAGGAGGAACUGAGUGAACUUGUAGAGGAGAAGAAUCAGAAGAAAACGAAGGAAGAAAAUAGUAAUAGUGAGGUGAUUUUGACGCCAGAUUCUGAUGAGGUGACGUCAGAUUCUGACUUGGUAUCUGUUCCCGGGUUCUUCACGGCAGGGAGUCCUUAUAAAAAGGUGUUGGAGUCAAUUGGACAUGCUGUUCAUGUGUGUAGUGCUACUUCUGGAGAGAUCAUGUACUGGAAUGGUUCUGCUGAAAAUCUUUAUGGAUGGAAGGAUUAUGAAGUACUAGGACAAAGUGUGUUUGAAGUCCUUGUAGCUGAAGAAUACUAUGCACCUCUUCAUAAAAUUGUAGAAAGAUUGAAUUUUGGACAAUCAUGGUUGGGUCAGUUUCCUUUCAAGAAGAAGUCUGGAGAAAUUUUUAUGGCAAUGGUAACAAAAAGCCCAUUUUAUGAGGAUGGAAGGCUUGCUGGUAUUAUCACUGUUUCAAGUGAUGCAGCAAUAGUUAAUAAUGAUAAUUCAGAAAACCUGAGAACUCAUCAAGAUCGUGCUAGAGUACCAAAGAUAAACUUGAAAAAGAUUCAAUGGCAUCAACGGCCACCAAUUGCCCCGGUGCCUCAGAUUGCAUCGUCAGUUUCCAAUCUGGCCUCAAGACUACUGUGGAAACAUGGCGAUGAUACAUUUGAUGGACAUGAGAAUUCCAGGUACAAAGAACAUGAAGCUAGAAAAGCUAAGGAGGUCAAGUCAGCAUCUCCUGGUGCACUAGCAGCUAAGGUGUUGGCAAAGCUGCAUAUUGGAGGAAUUGGAACCACUGGUAAAGAAGAUGAUGUCAGAAGUCAACAAAAUGACCUAAUUGACGCUGCUGUUAGAAAUGAAGCAGCAAUUGGUACUAGUAAAUUUAGCGGGUCAGAACUAUCAAAUUCUUACCACUGCAACGUUGAUACUGAGUGCAAGGGAGAAAUUCCACACAAAAGAAAUUCGUCAUGUGCAGAUUCAAAUGUAAAUGCAAGCAGAAGCCCUGAAGCUGCUGAAGAGAGUUCUCAAGCCUCUUUAAUGGAGUGUAAUGAAUGUUUUGGGCAAGCUAAACCAGGAAAUCCAUUGCUGAGCUUAGGUUGCCGAAAAGAUGUGAAUGAGUUGGAUCCUGAAGGACAAAUCUCAGAAGCCUCAGAAGAUGAAGUGCAAAAACAACCAGAUGGUAGAAGGUCUUCAAGUGUAGGGGAGAGCUCUGGCAGCCUUGGAAGUUCACCAAGCGGAGGGGAGAAAGAGUCAAAUUCUAUGGUAAAAUGUGAGAUUCACUGGGAAGACCUACAGCUAGGGGAGGAGGUUGGGCAAGGUUCAUACGCUGUUGUCUACCGUGGAAUCUGGAAUGGAUCAGAUGUUGCUGUUAAGCUUUAUCUUGGGAAUCAAUACAAAGAAGAAACUUUACAAGACUACAAAAAAGAGAUUGAUAUAAUGAAGAGACUUAGACAUCCAAACGUGUUGCUAUUCAUGGGAGCAGUAUAUUCACCGGAAAGACUUGCCAUUGUCACUGAAUUCCUGGCCAGGGGGAGUCUUUUCAAAACAUUACACAAGAACAAUCAGACAUUGGACAUUAGACGGCGUCUGAGGAUGGCACUUGAUGUUGCUAGAGGAAUGAAUUAUUUGCAUCACAGAAAUCCACCAAUAGUGCAUAGAGACUUAAAAUCUUCCAAUCUUCUUGUUGAUAAAAACUGGACUGUCAAGGUUGGCGACUUUGGUCUGUCAAGGUGGAAGAAUGCAACCUUUAUAUCUGCAAAAUCUGGAAGAGGAACUCCUCAAUGGAUGGCUCCUGAAAUCCUCCGCAACGAACCUUCAGAUGAGAAGUCUGAUGUAUUCAGCUUUGGCGUCAUUCUAUGGGAACUUAUGACAGUAUCCAUUCCAUGGAUCAAUCUAAAUUCCAUACAGGUAGUUGGAGUUGUAGGGUUUAUGGACAGAAGAUUAGAGUUACCUGAAGGUCUUGAUCCGCAAGUAACUUCCAUUAUUCGUGAUUGUUGGCGAAGUGAUCCUGAACAACGUCCAUCAUUCGAAGAGAUAAUUCAUCGCAUGCCAAGUAUAGUCCAAAGAAUUGCUACAUCUCAAGUUCAGAGAACUUUAUAGACUUAGAUUUAGCAGUCUUUCUUAGAUUUAGCAGAGGACCAAAAAAUACAUGGCCAGAAUCAAGAUGGUUAGACACAGAUUAUUGAAACGUAACUUCAGAAACUAGUGAAAUUGUUCCUUAAAGUUUCAAUUUGAGAUAAAAGGGAAUGAAAUUAAAUGCUAACAAGAAGUAAGCCAAUUCCCAUAUUCCCAUGUAAAUGGAAUUUACAAUUGGGAAUUUGAGAUGUGUGGAUAUACCCAUUUCAUGUAAGAGAAAUUGAAGUAUAAAAUGGUUUGUCUUUUGUA